AGAUUCAGAUCUUUUGCACAAUUGAAACAGAACAUUAACUCCUCUGCUUAAAAAAGCAGUAUCUCUGUUUCUCUCUGUUAUUUCCUUUCUCAACAACUAUGGCAACAAAACUCACCGCAUCGCCGAACUCUCUCCUCCUCCAAAACCCUAAUCGUCAACACCUCCUAAAACCUAAUUCCACCACUACGUUCUCUAGUUUCUCCACCCAAAACAAAUCCAUUUCAAUCAGAUGUGCAACCACAUCAACAGCUCCCGUUUCUCCAAUCCCAGCCCAAAUCCAAGAUCCCGACCGUGUAUUCAAUUUUGCUGCCGGACCAGCCACCUUACCAGCCAACGUCCUCAAGAAAGCUCAAGCAGAGCUUUAUGACUGGCGUGGAUCUGGAAUGAGUGUAAUGGAGAUGAGCCAUAGAGGGAAAGAAUUUCUCUCUAUUAUUCAAAAAGCAGAGGCUGACCUCCGCACACUCUUAAAUAUAUCUGACGAUUAUUCUGUUCUGUUUCUCCAAGGUGGCGCCACCACCCAGUUCGCCGCUAUUCCAUUGAAUCUGUGCAGACCCGAUGACCCAGUUGAUUUUGUGGUCACUGGGUCAUGGGGCGAUAAAGCAUUUAAGGAAGCACAGAAAUUUUGUAAACCCAAGGCGAUUUGGUCUGGGAAAUCUGAGAAGUACACAAAGAUUCCGUCUUUUGAUGAUUUAGAGCAAAACCCAGAUACUAAAUAUUUGCAUAUAUGUGCAAAUGAAACAAUCCAUGGAGUAGAGUUUAAAGAUUACCCAAUUCCUAAAAGUGGGCUUUUGGUGGCUGAUAUGUCUUCAAAUUUCUGUUCAAAGCCUGUAGAUGUAUCCAAGUUUGCUGUGAUCUAUGCUGGUGCUCAAAAGAAUGUGGGUCCAUCUGGGGUUACAAUUGUGAUAAUCAGGAAAGAUCUGCUUGGAAAUGCUCAAGAAAUUACUCCUGUGAUGUUAGACUACAAGACCCAGGCAGAUAAUGAUUCUCUCUAUAAUACUCCUCCUUGCUAUGGUAUUUACAUGUGUGGUUUAGUAUUUGAAGAUCUUUUGGCACAAGGUGGGUUGCAUGAGGUAGAGAAGAAGAAUAAGAAGAAAGCAGAGUUGUUAUAUAAUGCAAUUGAUGAAAGUAAUGGGUUUUACAGGUGUCCAGUUGAAAAGUCUGUUAGGUCAUUGAUGAAUGUGCCUUUCACACUUGAGAAAUCUGAACUGGAAGCUGAGUUUAUCAAAGAAGCAGCUAAAGAGAAGAUGGUGCAGCUUAAAGGACAUAGAUCAGUUGGAGGAAUGAGAGCCAGCAUUUAUAAUGCAAUGCCUUUGGCUGGUGUUGAAAAGUUGGUUGCUUUUAUGAAGGAUUUUCAGGCAAGGCAUGCUUGAAUCUUUUGAUUGACUGAAAUCAAUUGAGACUCCAAAAAGUUUCCCUUUAUUAGUUUUUUUAAGAGGCUACAAAGGCUUCUCUUGUGUUAGAGAUAUAUAACAUUUUUGGGCUUUUCCCUAUUGUUUCUU